AUGGCAACUGAAACGAACGAUCAAACAAAACCAGUUUGUCCGGUUAAUUCGUGGAAUGAAUGGGAUCCACUGGAGGAGAUUAUUGUGGGUAUUCCAGACUACGCUACAGUCCCGCACUUGGUUCCGGAAGUUAAAAUCUGUGUGGCCGAAUCCAACUGGGCCUUUUUCGAGAAGAACGCGGGUAAAUAUUGGGCCGAUGCCAUGCCUCGAGAUCAUUGGGAUCUAUUGUGCCGUCAAAUUAAUGAAUUUGUGCGCAAACUUGAACUGGAGGGAGUAAAAGUGAUUCGCCCAGAACCGGUGGAUCAUAGAAAGUCCUACAGUCUGCUCGGUUUUCAAUCUCAGGGUUUCUACUCUGCCAUGCCACGUGACUUUCUGCUUGUGGUCGGAGAUGAACUGAUCGAAGCAACUAUGACCUGGCGUGCGCGGUAUUUUGAGUACGUGUCCUAUCGCCCAAUAAUUAUGGAUUAUUGGAAACGAGGUGCAAAGUGGACGGUAGCACCGAAACCGACAGACUACCAGAAGUUGAUCAAUCAGGAAACGGCGAAACAUUUGGAAAAUCACGUUUCCGAUAAGUCAAACAUAGGCCACAUCACCACCGAGUCCGAACCGUGUUUCGAUGCAGCGGAUUUUAUUCGAGCCGGUCGUGAUAUAUUUGUUCAACGCAGUCAGGUGACCAAUUUGGCUGGGAUCGAAUGGGUUCGACGUCAUUUAGAGCCGCGUGGAAUUCGUGUUCACCGCCUGACAUUUGAAGAUCCAAGGCCGAUGCAUAUUGAUGCCACAUUCAGUUUGGUCAAGCCCGGUGUGGCACUACAAAAUCCGGACAGGCAGUGUCAUGAGAUCGAUCUAUUCAAAGCUGCCGGAUGGGAUGUAGUCGACGUCCCGCGACCGUUGAUCAGUAAAAGCCAUCCGCUGUGGCUCGGAUCUAACUGGCUCUCCAUGAAUGUGCUCAUGCUUGAUCCAACACGAGUGAUGGUUGAAGAAGAGGAGGUAGGUAUUCAAGAAAUGUACAGAAAAAUCGGAGUGACACCGGUUCCCGUGAAAAUUCGCCACGCCAACUCUAUCGGAGGUGGAUUCCAUUGUUGGACCUGUGAUGUUCGACGUCGAGGUGGAUUGCAGAGCUACUUUGACUGGUCUCGCUGUGGAUUCCCCAAAGCCUGA